GCUUGUCUCUGACUUUGAAACGGCGGCAGUUCCUUCAGGAGCUAACCUGCUUCCCCAACAUUGGAUCAGACAGUGAGGAGCUCACUGCUGACCAGUUUACAGCAGAUUAGCAGAUCCCCUCUGAUCUCUUACCUCAGUCAGUCAGAGGUGGGCACAGACUGAGAUAUUCCCCCACCGUCUCCCACCUCCUCCGGUCUCUCGCUGUCUCUGAAGGUCCCUGCAGAUCUCGGAAGGUGACGCCAAGCAUUCCCGAUGGAUCCUGAUCCCCAGCUGCUGUUGGUGACUGGUUUCGGUCCAUUCCGCCAGCACCUCACCAACCCAAGCUGGGCUGCUGUUCAGGAACUAAAGAAAUUAGGCUCCGGGGACAAAAUUCGGCUGGAAACGGUUGAACUACCUGUUCACUACCAGCGGGUCCGGGAGAUACUGAGCAGGAUCUGGGAAACCCAACAGCCACAGCUGGCUGUGCAUGUCGGAGUAGGAACAGCAUCGAAGCUGAUCAUUCUCGAACAGUGUGCCAGGAACCAGGGAUAUAAAGAUCCUGAUGUUUGUGGUUGCUAUGCAGCAGGAAGCUGCUGUGUGGAUGGAGGGCCUGAGAAGAUCGAGUCACUCAUCAACAUGAGAUCUGUCUGUAAGAACCUCGCUGGACUGGACAUUGCUAUCAUUUAUUCCAGGGAUGCAGGGAGGUAUCUUUGUGAAUAUGCUUACUACCUUUCAUUAUACCAUGGUAACCAGAAAGCUGCCUUUAUUCACAUCCCUCGGCUGAGCAAUGGAUUGACAGUGGAAAAGCUGGGAAAGGCUCUCUGGAUGAUUCUACAGGAGCUGCUGCACCAACUGGACACCCAGAGAGAACCAUCGGUUUUGUGAACGAUGCUCAGUGUCACACAGCACGGAAGCAGACCCUUCGGUCCAACGCGUCCAUGCCUACCAAGAUUCCCAAACUAAACUAGUCCCGU